CCCUGAACGCCUCAUUUUACACAGGCAUCAAGCAGUGACAGUCAGAGACGAAGCUGAUCAACUCCGUGAAGACUAACAGAGCUAACACUCAUCUUCUGCAGUCUGGGGCAUCUUUACAUCAUGGAGCAGAAACAAACCAUCAACUUUGGAGCUGGACCUGCCAAACUACCCCAGUCUGUGCUGCUUCAAGCUCAGAAGGAGCUUCUCAACUACAGUGGCCUUGGAAUCAGUGUUCUCGAGAUGAGCCAUCGGUCAGCAGACUUCAAUAAAAUCAUCAACAAGUCAGAGAGUCUGCUUCGAGAGUUGUUAGAUAUCCCAGACAACUACAAGGUGUUGUUUCUGCAGGGUGGUGGCUCUGGACAGUUCAGCGCUGUUCCCCUCAAUCUGAUUGGCCUCAAAGAGGACAGGUGCGCCGACUACCUGGUGACCGGCACAUGGUCGGCUAAAGCUGCAAAAGAAGCAGAGAAAUACGGCAAAGUCAACAUUGUCCACCCGAAGCUGGAGAGUUACACGAAAAUUCCCGACCCCAGCAGCUGGACCCUGAACCCAUCAGCAUCCUAUGUGUACUACUGCUGCAACGAGACAGUCCACGGUGUGGAAUACAACUUUACGCCUGAAACCAACGGGGUGGUCCUCAUCAGCGACAUGUCCUCCAACUUCCUGUCACGGCCCAUAGAUGUGUCAAAGUUUGGGCUCAUUUUUGCCGGGGCCCAGAAGAACAUAGGUAGUGCCGGCGUUACGGUGGUCAUCGUGCGAGAAGACCUGUUGGGCCACGCCCUGAAGGAGUGCCCCAUUGUGCUGAACUACAAGGUGCAGGCUGAAAUGAACUCCCUCUACAACACUCCGCCAUGUUUUAGUGUCUACAUCAUGGGUCUGGUUCUGGAGUGGAUCAAGAAUAACGGUGGCAGCGCUGCCAUGGAAACGCUCAACAAACAGAAGUCCUCGAUGAUUUAUGAGAUCAUUGACUCUUCAAGUGGUUUUUAUGUGUGUCCUGUGGACCCUUCAUGUCGGAGCCGCAUGAAUGUGCCUUUUCAUGUGGGGAAGAAAGAGGGAGAUGAUGCCUUGGAGAAGAAAUUUCUGGAGGGAGCAUCCAAGCGUGGAAUGAUUUCACUGAAAGGGCACAGGUCCGUGGGAGGGAUGCGCGCAUCCCUGUACAACGCUGUAACUCUGGAGGACACUGCAGCCCUUGCAGACUACAUGAAAGUGUUCCUCAAAGAGCACCAGUUAACCAACUGCACUUAAAAACACAAGCUGUCACUCAGUAGCUGAAAAAGUAAAUACUGAAAAUGAAAUGUUUUUGAAACACUUAUUACGGUAAUUGUUCCUAAUGGACUAAACCCACUAAUUCCAAUUGAGUUUUAUCUACAUGUCUGUGUUCUGUAGAAGUAUUCUGGAAUUACAAUUUUUUUGACUAAUACUGUGUUUUUUUUUAUUUACAUAUAUAAUUAAUUCCCGGUGCUUAAAUUUCAAUAAAUCUAAUUUUGAACUCCCUUUCA